CUAUCGUGCCUUUGGCCAUUAGAUAUGUAUGACCAAGUCUAAAGUCUUCUUGGCAGAAUAAAGAUUCGACCUUUUUCUUUCGUUUUUCCCCUUCAAAGAUCUUACUCUCAUCUCUUUUUAAUCCCAUUUGUUCGAAAGGCCGCCGUCACACUUGACUUCCUGAAUGUCUUCAACAGCUAGUAAACCGUAAACUGUGAAAUCUCUCAUCGUAAUUUUUGCAAAUUUCGUACAUUUAAUGUUUUGUGGCUGUUUUUAGCAUUUUUCUAUUAUUGUUUUCAUAUAUAUAUUUGCGGUGUGACUUGGAUGGGUGGUUGUUGCCGUGUGCAAUACUUCUCUUUUUUAGGUAAUUGCAGACUUUUAGAGCAGAUUUUAGUAUUGAGUUUUUGUGGGUACCACGAAGGAUCAAGAACAAGUUCAAGUUCUUCCAUUUUUUUGGUAAUUGAAUCGUUUUAGAGCAGAUUUUAGUAUUGGGUUUUUUUGUUGGUAAAACAAAGGAUCAAGAACAAGAAUUUGAUGUUUUCAAUAUUAUGUGUUCUUUAUAAUCCAGGCUAAAGCCUAAAACUUUUCUGUGGAUGCUAUGGAGUUAGAUAUAUGAAUUAAUGAUGAUUCGAUUUAUAUUUGCUGCAUUUUUUGCUACAUUUUCAGUGUGUGUAGACAAUGAAGUGUUUCCAAUUUCAUAUUGGAGAUAAAAAAGAAGACCAAAAAUCCACCACGAAGCCAAAUUCGGGUCUUUCUUCAUUUGCUGAUCAUGAAGUAAGGCAAUUCGGAUCUGAAUUAAAUUCUCAAAAUGCAUCAGACACAAGCUCUGAGUCAAGGGGCCGUAAUCAGUUUCCCAAUAUGUCCGAAAGGAGCAGUAAUCUCAAAGAUUUUACCUUUUCCGAACUUAAACAAGCGACCAAAAACUUCAGCCGAACGGCUAAACUCGGAGAAGGGGGAUUUGGAUGUGUCUUUAAAGGUGUGAUUAGGAGCUCUGAAGAUCCAUCGAAGAAAAUCGACGUUGCUGUAAAACAAUUGGGUAGAAGAGGAUUGCAGGGUCACAAAGAAUGGGUGACUGAAGUUAAUGUUCUGGGUAUUGUCGAACAUCCAAAUCUCGUGAAGCUGAUUGGCUACUGUGCUGAGGACGAUGAAAGAGGAAUACAAAGGCUUCUAAUAUAUGAAUAUAUGCCUAAUGGCAGUGUUGAAGAUCAUUUAUCGGUUAGAUCUAUUUCUACACCCCUUUCAUGGGAGAUGAGGCUCAAAAUUGCACUAGAUGCUGCUCGUGGCUUGGCCUACCUUCACGAAGAAAUGGAUUUUCAGAUUAUCUUUAGAGAUUUCAAAUCGUCCAAUAUUCUUCUAGACGAGCAGUGGAAUGCGAAACUAUCGGACUUUGGAUUGGCUCGAUUGGGACCUGCAGAAGGACUAACACAUGUCUCGACUGCGGUUGUUGGGACUUUAGGCUACGCUGCACCUGAAUACGUCCACACGGGCCGCCUCACAUCAAAGAGCGACGUCUGGAGCUUCGGCGUAUUCCUCUACGAACUUAUCACGGGCCGGCGCCCGCUGGAUCGUAACCGGCCGAGGUCCGAGCAGAAGCUUCUGGAAUGGGUAAAACCGUACUUGUCGGACGCCAAGAAGUUCCAGAUGAUACUCGAUCCCAGGCUAACCAAUGAGGGUAGUAAACAGGUCCUCCGUUCGGCCCACAAGCUCUCGCUCGUCGCGAACCGCUGCCUGGCCCGUUUGCCGAAAGCCCGGCCCACUAUGGGCGAGGUCCGCGAAAUGAUCAGCCAGGUCGUGGAGGCUUCAUCAUCGGCAAAUGGUGGGGCCCACGAGGGACUACUACCCCAGCCCGCCGUGAGGGGCAGCGGUGGAAAAGUGGGAAAAAAUAUUUUUUUCCGAAAAAACGAGGGAAAGGGUAAAGGGAGAAUGGUGGAUUUGAAAUUCGGGGAUGGCGGGUGGCUCGUGCGCGUUUGGACGUCGAAGCUCGUGAGGACUUGCUGACGUGGCGGGAGAUUUUUUUUUUUCCGGUUUUUUCCCGGGUUCGGGCCGAAUCGGGUUCGGGUGGACCACUCUCUAAAAGGGUGCUUACAAAAGGGUAAGGUAACAUUGUUUGUGAUAAUCUGAAUUUGUAUGAAUGAUUUUAGGAAUAGGUUGACAAGUUGGUGACUUUUUUUUGUUGUUUCAUUGGUAUGUAAAGUUGGACAUGAGAAAGGGCUGUGUUGGUCAUGAACAUUGGUGUAUUUUUUUCAAUAAGGUAAUGAAGAAAAUAUUUUGUUUUACCAUGGAUUAAA